UUCAACCAAUACCUUUCUAAGAGAGUAACACGAUGCAAUAUGUAGGAAGGGCGUUUGAUUCUGUUACGAAGACGUGGAAUUCUAUCAAUCCUUCUACGCUUUCAGGAGCCAUUGACUUGAUUGUAGUGGAACAGGAAGACGGGACGCUUGCAUGUUCCCCCUUUCAUGUUCGUUUUGGAAAAUUCAGCUUGCUGUUGCCCUCUGAUAAGAAAGUUGAAUUUUCAGUAAAUGGUCAGUUGACCGAUUUCAACAUGAAGUUGGGAGAUGGUGGAGAAGCUUUUUUUGUUUUUGCUACUGAAAAUGCAGUUCCUAGGGAAUUACAGACUUCUCCUAUUGCUUCUCCUACUGCCUCUCCUACCGUUUCUCCCAAACAAACUCCUCUAAUUAGCAUUCACGAGCCCCAAGACUUGCAAUUGGAAGGUCCUGCUCAUAGCGAAUAUCCACAUUCAUCAAAUCUAUUUCUUGGUGAAUCAACUCGCCCAUUUCCUGCUGCAAGAGACUUUUAUCGGCGCUCCAACUCUGAUGCAAGUGAGCAACUUCCAUUUCAUAAUUACGUCCACAGGCGGCAUUCCAGUAUGGGUGAUGUGGGCAAGGCCGAGACAGAUUCAUACAGUCGAUUAGAAGGGACAGCUCUAGUAGACUUGAAACUUUUACAAAAAGCAAAAGAGCUUGGAAAACGUCUAUCUGGUAAAGAACUUCCCACACAUAUUGAUGAUAACGGCGAUGUCAUGUUGGAUAUGACAGGCUAUAAAGCCUCAGCCACGAAUAUUAACAUCGCCGAGCUCGCACGUGAAACAUUUAAAGAUGAGUUUCCUCUAAUAGAAAAAUUAUUUCGCGAAGAUGAAGAGGGAAACCUAUGGUUUCAUGCCUCAGAAGAUGCGAAAAAGUUUGCCGAAGUUUAUGGUCAAAGCCCUCCCGGAAGCCCAUUAAAAACUCCUUCUUCUCCAAAGUCCGAUUCUGCCCUUAUGAAUGAUGAGAAGGGAGAUUUACGGCCGUCUUCGUCUUUGUCUUUGUCUCCCCUUCCUAGUAAUCUUUCCUAUCAUUAUGCAAAAACCUUACGACUUACUUCUGACCAGCUUCGUUCUUUGAAUUUGAAAGCUGGAAAAAAUGAUUUAUCGUUUAGCGUCAACGGAGGUAAGGCCACAUGCACCGCUAACUUAUUUUUUUGGCGGUACAGUGAUCCUGUGGUCAUCUCUGACAUAGAUGGUACUAUUACUAAAUCUGAUGCACUUGGUCACAUGUUUACGUUAAUUGGAAAGGACUGGACACAUGCAGGAGUCGCAAAAUUAUAUACCGAUAUCACUAAUAAUGGGUAUAAAAUAAUGUAUUUAACCAGUCGCUCUGUAGGUCAAGCAGACUCUACUAGACAUUAUUUGCGGAAUAUCGAGCAAAACGGGGUUUCUCUACCCGAAGGGCCUGUGAUUCUUUCUCCGGAUCGAACAAUGGCAGCUUUGCAUAGGGAAGUCAUCCUUCGUAAGCCAGAGGUAUUUAAAAUGGCAUGUCUACGUGAUCUUUGUAACUUAUUUGCGUUGCCAGCUCCAAGAACUCCCUUUUAUGCUGGAUUUGGGAACCGAAUCACGGAUGCUAUUUCCUAUAAUCACGUCCGUGUUCCACCGACCAGAAUAUUUACCAUUAACUCUUCGGGUGAAGUACAUAUUGAACUACUUCAAAGGAGUGGAUAUCGAAGUACUUAUGUUUAUAUGAAUGACUUGGUUGAUUAUUUUUUUCCUCCAGUAGAGAUAUCGACCAAGGAGGAUCUAUCAAAUUUCACAGAUGUCAACUUUUGGAGGUCACAAUUGCCUGAGUUGAGUGAUGAGGAAGAUGAACCUAAAAAGAAGUCCCCUAAGUCUCCAAAAAUUGCAGAUUCAGUUGACAGAUUUGCACCGGACAAUGAUAAUGAUAGUGAACAAAAUAUCGAUAUAUAUAACGAUGAAGGAAACGAUGAAGAAAGAGGUGAUAUUUUAAGUCCUCUCAUGCAAACUUUGCAUAAUAUCAAUUUGGAUGACGAUAUUGAUUGGGAGCAUCAAUUUCUUGACGAAACUGAAGAAAAAUAUGAUGAUAACUACAUGAGAGCCUUUUAAUGAAUCAGAUUCCAGUUAAUGACACCAAAAAACGAGACUUACGAUUCUUAACAUACAUGAAAAGCAUAAUUGACUAAAGCUAAUAGAAUAGAAUGGUUUGGACUUAAAAUUUUAUACGUAACCUAUUUAAUAAAAGGAGUGUAAAGGCCCAUAAUUUGAAUGAAAACAUAGUUUUGCUCCAUUGAAUUAAUAUACACA